AUGAUCCAAACUAUUAAACAAAACAAAGAAAUUCUCAAGUCCAAUAAAGUUGAUGAAGUCACAAACUAUAAAUCUAUACUAAUGGAGUACAGGAAAAUUUGUGCUGACAAUGAUUUGUCAGUUCUUGUUCUGCAAACUAACACAGAAAAGGGGAGAGAACUCAGUAUAGAGCUCGGAGAAUAUAAGGCUACUAUGACACAGACAUCACUCUCCAACCUGACUGAAGACGUCACCUAUUUAUCUAUGAGAGAUUUAUUAAAGAAAGCAAGAGUUAUUGCCACUAUACCUACUGGCGUUAAACCUCUGUUCAGAGUAGCCUGUGUGGGAUCUGAUAAAGCUUGGGUCAGUGGAGAAGACACAACCAUAAGAUGUGUAAACAUACACGGAUCUGUACAGGAGAAUGUUAGAUGUGUCAUAAGCCCUGAUGAUAUCUCUGUUAUCAGAGAGGGAUAUCUGAUAUACAGUGAUGAUAAAAUUGGAACUGUUAAUAUUGUCAGACACGGGAGAUCCGAUGUACUAAUCACUACACGUGAGGGUUGGAAACCAUCAGGACUGUGCUGCACAAGAUCAGGAGACAUACUGGUCAAUGUGAAUAAUGGAAAACAAAAUAAGAUUGUCCAAUAUCAAGGACAGGGAAUGAAACAGCCUGAGAAAAUAUUUAAAGAUGAAAAUGGAAAACCAAUUUAUGCAAGUGGUCAAUGGAUAUUAUACUUUGCAGAGAACAACAAUGGAGACAUGUGCGUCUUUGAUAUGAAUGCAAAUGCCGUAGUAGUGGUGGACAAGACAGAAGAACUACGAUUCCGGCACUAUGGGUUCCCAGCCAUGAAGAAGUGGUCAUUUAAUCCAAGACAAAUUGAGACAGGCUCAAUGAAUCAGAUUAUCGUUGCAGAUUACAGCAAUGAUUGUUUGCACAUUCUUGAUCAAGACGGACAGUUCCUGAGAUAUGUGGGUGAUAUCUAA